AUGCCGUCGACGCAAGGUCCGUCACUUCUUGUCCUUGCCGUCAAGUGUGGCGGCGAGCAGCCAACAUGCAACAGAUGCGCCGCCCGCCUUGAAGAUUGUGUUUACAAGCUAAACCCAACACUGUCAUACACUGCCCGCCUGGAGCAGCGCAUCAAGGAGCUCGAGUCUCAACUCGCCCUCGCACGCGCCGACCUCCCAGCGCCCACGGAGCAGCGUUACCAGACAUCUUCGCCUCCCAACACCUCACGCAGCCAUUCCGUGACGCCAGACCCUCUCGGCCUGGAGCCCGGCUAUGAGGACUUUGUCAGCGAGAGCUUCAAGGGCUUGACCGUUGACGAAAAGGGAGGUAUUACCUACCACGGCACCACCAGCUUUUUCCAACUUCCCGAUGAUCGCCCACCCGGCUUCCGUGGCCUGUCCUCAUCGUUGAACCAAGUGACCAAGCGCCGGGAGCGCCUCGUCGCUAAUGCCUGGCAGCAACGUGCGCUGGAGAACCUGUCUGAUAUUCCCGAACCAUUUCAAUAUCUCCUUAACGUUCAUUGGUGCUGGAUCCAGCCGCUCUUCAACUUCAUCUACCGGCCCGCGUUUACGCGCGAUCUGCAGACGCUGGGACCGUACUACUCUCACACCUUGAUGAAUGCUGUCCUUUCGCACUCUAUCCGCUGGGGCCGAAGCGAUCCCGCGACGAAGAAGAUUCUCGACGAAUCAUACGAGGGGGGCGCCAUCUUUGGAAAACAUGCUCGAAGUAUGCUGUUCGACGAGCUGAGUCAGGGUCAAUACUCCAUCCCGACUGUUCAGACACUGCUUCUCCUCAGUGCCCAAGAAUGUAGUGUGGGCAACAGCGCACAGGCUUGGAUCUACAGUGGUCUAGCCUUCCGCAUUAUUGAUCACCUCGGUAUCUGCGUUGACGGCCAGCGAUAUCCUGGUUCCGUGCAACUUAGUGAGGAAGAUGUCGAGAUUCGCCAUCGCGUGUUCUGGAGCUGUUACUUCUGGGACAAGAUGAUCAGUCUGUAUCUCGGCCGCUCGCCCUCCCUUCAGCAGUCUUCAGUGUCACCACCUCAAAUCAUGCUUGACGAUUCGUCCGAAACUGAGACUUGGUCGCCGUUUGGCAUGGUCCCUGAGGGAGGGUGGAAAUAUCCACCCUCACCAGCCCACUCAAUCACAUGUUUUAUGAAUGUGUGCCAGCUGUCGCAGAUCUUCAACGAGAUCCUCGUCCACAUGUAUGAUCCUGUACGACCCAAUAGCCAGGCAGAGAUGCAGGAGUGUCUGGUUGAUCAGGAGAUUGCUCUGCAGGAAUGGUGGGAAGAGUUGCCUGUGCAUCUGAAGAUCAACACAACAUCACUGCCAUCCCUGGCUCCUCCGUCGCACAUUAUCAGCUUGAACACGUUGUACCACACGUUCAAGAUUCUACUCUACAGGCCCAUGCUGUCACAGAGAAACAGUGUUGCGGCAGAUGACCUCGAGCCUAUCCAGAACUAUCUCGUCGAGUGUGUCACGUCAGCGACGUCUAUCCUGUCAAUCUUCGACCUCUUCUGCAGGUCGUUCGGGAUUGACCAGUGCGUCUUGUCGAUAUCCUACAGUGUCUACAUCGCCGCUUCUAUAUUCCUCCUCCAGGUUCAGUCGAACGUCGACGACGCGCAGGCGCUGCGCCGACUUGAGUACUGUGUCCGUAGUCUGAGCCAAGUCAAGCGGAUUAACCCAGUCAUUGGAAGCGCUCUUACCCUCAUCACGAAAGAACUUGUCAGUCUUGGUAUCGACGUCGACGCACUUGGUUUGGCCAAUGCACCCACGACUCCUCCAAUGUCGAGCUUUGGGAUUCCGUCAGCAUUGUUUGGAGAGGUGCCACUUGGUCCCAUGUCCGAUACCCAGACUGCGCAAAUCCCUAACCCGCACCAUCUGCCUUUUCUCGAGACUUUCGGCGCGGAGGGGUUCCAUGUGAACCCCGACGUCUUCCAAACCAUGUCGUGUCUUGAACCCCUCAGCGUCCGAAUGGGCGCCAUCCACGAAUGA